AUGGCAGACAAAAAGGGUGAUCAGGUCACCAGCGACAUUAACUUCAUCAAGACUCCUGCAGCUAAGCCCGCGGAAUUCGAGACCGGUGAGGACUGUGGCAUUGCAUUGACCAAUUCUCCUGCCAUCCACAAUGCCCCUCUCCCCGCUGACGGACCCGGUAGCGAGAGCUUCUCCAACAUCCUUCUUGGAAUUGCCAUCAUCGCUCCUCCCGCCUUCCUCACCUACCUGCUAGGCCUCGGUUGGAAGACCUUCCUUUUCUUCGCUAUCCUGUUGGUCCUGCCAAUUCUCGUCGUUUUCUGGACCUGGUCCUCCACCUUCAGCCCCCGCACAAAUGAAAAAGUCAAACUCCCCGGCCGCCCAGUUGAGCACUACCUGACCUUCAAGCGUGAGGAAGACAAGGCGAAGUGGCAUGGCAAGAACAAGGUCCCUCUGCAGACCUUCGCGGAGCUGUACCUGGACGGCGUCGUUGAGUUCAAUGGCGAUCUUCUCGAGAUCCUCGAGUACCGACACGACUGGGCGAACUUUUCCUUCACCCUGGACCUGUUCAAGUUCAUUGUCUUCACUUUCUUCGUUGAUGUGAUUUUCCACACCAAGGCUCAGGAUGAGGAGCAGAUUCGUCCAAACUACGACAGCGGUAACGACCACUACGCUUGGUUCCUCGGCCCUCGCAUGAUCUACACCUCUGGUGUUAUCUCCGAUACCGAGAAGGAAGAGAGCCUCGAGGAAUUGCAGGAUAACAAGAUGGCCGUUGUUUGCGAGAAGAUUGAAUUGAAGGAAGGCGAGACAAUGCUUGAUAUUGGCUGUGGCUGGGGUACCCUGGCUCGUUUUGCUAGCAAGAACUACGGUGCUAAGGUUACCGGUGUUACUAUCGCUGAGAACCAGACUAUCUGGGGUAACGAUGCUCUCAAGAAUGCCGGUAUCUCUGAGGAGCAGAGCCGUAUUCUGUGCAUGGACUACCGUGAUAUCCCCAACACCAAGUUUGACAAGAUCACACAGCUCGAGAUGGGUGAGCACGUUGGUAUCCGCAAGCUGACUCGAUUCUUCCGCCAAUGCUAUGACAUGCUCAAUGAUGAUGGUGCCAUGUACGUUCAGCUGUCUGGUCUGCGUCAGGCCUGGCAGUACGAGGAUUUUAUCUGGGGAUUGUACCUGAACAAGUACAUUUUCCGUGGUGCUGAUGCUUCCACUCCUCUCUGGUACUACGUGAAGUGCCUGGAACAGGCUGGCUUUGAGAUUAAGGGAAUUGACACUGUUGGUGUUCACUACUCCGGCACUCUUUGGAGAUGGUACCGCAACUGGGUUGGAAACGUUGAGGCCAUCAAUGCCAAGUACGGCCCCAGAUGGUACAGAAUUUGGGAGCUUUUCCUCGGAUGGUCUGUCAUUGCUUCUCGUGAGGGUAUGGCCACCUGCUACCAGAUGGUUGUCGUCAAGAACUUGAACUCGACCCACCGUGUCAACGGAAUCUCUUCCCAGUUCGGUCUUGCCGGUGCCCUUGCUGCUAGCAAGAAGGCUGGCAAGUCUCAGCUGGCUGCUUAA